AUGUCAGUCAGCAUGCAUGAAAAUCGCAAAUCUAGGGCCAGUACUGGCUCCAUAAACAUAUACUUGUUCCACAAGUCAUCCUAUGCUGAUAGUGUCCUUACUCACCUGAACCUUCUGCGUCAGCAGCGUCUCUUUACAGAUGUACUUCUCCAUGCUGGGAACAGGUCAUUCCCCUGCCACAGAGCUGUUCUAGCUGCUUGUAGCCGCUAUUUCGAAGCAAUGUUCAGCGGAGGACUGAAGGAGAGCCAGGACAGUGAAGUCAACUUUCAUAAUUCGAUCCACCCAGAAGUCUUGGAGCUUCUUCUGGACUAUGCGUAUUCCUCCAGGGUUAUCAUCAAUGAGGAGAAUGCAGAGUCGCUGCUGGAGGCCGGCGACAUGCUGGAGUUUCAGGACAUUCGGGAUGCUUGCGCAGAAUUUCUGGAGAAAAACCUUCAUCCCACCAACUGUCUCGGCAUGCUGCUGCUGUCAGAUGCUCACCAGUGCACCAAGCUGUAUGAACUCUCUUGGAGGAUGUGCCUUAGCAACUUCCAAAGUAUCAGUAAAAGCGAAGACUUCCUCCAGCUGCCGAAAGACAUGGUAGUGCAGCUCCUUUCCAGUGAAGAAUUAGAAACUGAAGAUGAAAGGCUAGUAUAUGAAUCAGCUAUCAACUGGGUCAGCUAUGACCUGAGUAAGCGUCACUGUUAUCUGCCCGAGCUAUUGCAGACGGUGAGAUUGGCCCUCUUGCCAGCCAUAUACCUUAUGGAGAAUGUGGCCAUGGAAGAACUUAUCACCAAGCAAAGGAAAAGCAAAGAGAUCGUAGAAGAAUCGAUAAGAUGCAAGUUGAAGAUCCUACAGAACGAUGGAGUGGUCACUAGUUUGUGUGCCAGACCCCGUAAAACUGGCCACUCGCUUUUUCUUUUGGGUGGCCAAACCUUUAUGUGUGACAAGCUGUACCUGGUGGACCAAAAGGCAAAGGAGAUCAUUCCAAAGGCCGACAUACCAAGUCCACGGAAAGAGUUCAGCGCUUGUGCCAUAGGCUGCAAAGUGUAUAUUACCGGGGGACGAGGGUCAGAAAAUGGAGUCUCCAAAGACGUGUGGGUGUAUGACACCCUUCACGAGGAGUGGUCGAAGGCUGCUCCCAUGCUGGUAGCUAGGUUUGGGCACGGCUCUGCUGAACUUAAGCACUGUUUGUAUGUAGUAGGAGGACACACCGCAGCAACUGGUUGCCUUCCAGCUUCCCCUUCAGUAUCCUUAAAGCAAGUAGAACAAUAUGACCCUGUGACCAACAAAUGGACAAUGGUUGCUCCACUGCGAGAGGGAGUAAGCAAUGCAGCUGUAGUCAGCGCAAAGCUUAAGCUGUUUGCUUUUGGAGGUACCAGUGUUAGCCAUGACAAGCUGCCCAAAGUUCAGUGCUACGAUCAGUGCGAAAACAGAUGGACAGUACCAGCCACCUGUCCCCAGCCCUGGCGCUACACAGCUGCAGCUGUUUUGGGUAACCAGAUUUUUAUUAUGGGCGGAGAUACCGAAUUCUCUGCGUGCUCCGCUUAUAAAUUCAACAGUGAGACAUACCAGUGGACUAAGGUGGGAGAUGUGACAGCUAAGCGAAUGAGCUGCCACGCAGUGGCAUCUGGAAACAAAUUGUACGUGGUUGGAGGCUACUUUGGUAUUCAGAGGUGCAAAACAUUGGACUGCUACGAUCCCACGUUAGAUGUAUGGAACAGCAUAACAACUGUGCCGUAUUCGUUAAUUCCCACGGCGUUUGUCAGCACAUGGAAGCACCUCCCCUCAUAAUUGUGUGUAUGUUGCAAUUACAAAUUGUCAGUUUACUCCUUUAUUUGGAGAAGAGAAUUGGAACCUCAGAUCUGGAGAAAUGGUUUUAAUGAAGAAAAAUCAUUCAGCGUCUCUUGCAUUUGAAGAAAGUCAUCCGCACCUUGUAAAUUAUCUAACCUAGACAUGAAGGAAUGGGAGGAAAAAAGACUGUCUUCAGUGCUUCAGCACAUGGUUUAAAUAUGAAUGGAUGAACCUAUGAUCUAGUCCUUGUGCUAGCAAUUGUGGAUUAAUGCCAAUAUUCAUCAGUCUGUCAAAGGAGAAGAAGAAGAGACAGAACUUCUCUGAGCUGUACAGCACACAGCACUUGAUUUCCAUGGACUCCGCUGUUUGUAUGUGAAAUUUGAAAUGGUUGUCACUUCUCUUUGUGGUGGUUUGAAGUGCCAGCGCCAGCUGCGGGGGAAGCAGGCCAGGUCUGAAACAGUGAGAUGCUGUUGUGAAUGAAGAUACAGCGGCAUUGCUGAUGAACUCUGCUAACCAGAGUGUGCUUGUCUGUGGGCAGUGCCUACAACAUCUCUUAGAUGCCACAUUGCAUUGUCCUGUGUGCAGUGAGUGACAUUCCGCUCGAUAAGGAACAGCCCAGUGGUGAAAAGUUUUUACAACAGUGGGGAACGAAUGACACCCCCCAAAUGCUCCUUGUUCCCUUUCCUCCCUGUAUUUAUAAGUCAUUCAAACUGUCCCAUUCCUUUUAUGUUACUUGUUGUAGAUACAGUUAUUUAUUGUUCAGUGCUUGCAUGCUGAAACAAUGCCUGCAAUUGUCUUCAUGUUGCAAGGGCUUGUGUGAAUUGUUGUAUGUUUUGCACAUUUUGUGAUUGCUGACUUGCUCUGCUGCACAAAGAAACUGUUGGGUAACAGUUGGAGGUGGGAGGGAGAGGUGGCUUCCCGGUCGGAAAUGGAAGGAUUACAAGACAGGAUCUUAAAUUACACACAUACUAAAGGAAGAAGCCAUGGAGGUCACUUUCUCAGGCCACGAGCUCCACAGGUUGCAUGUGGUGUGUCUUGUAGAUGGUGUCCUUGCUACAUUUCAUUUGUUGGUCAUGCCUUUCAGUUUCUAAACUGGAAAUAGCCAAAAUCUCUUGCAGCUCUCUCUUUGUGCAGCUUCCUGAUUGCAACGCAAAUACUGUGGAAGAGCUUCUGGAUACCAAGCCCAGAUGAAGUCAUUCUCCAAAGCUAUUUAUUUAUUUAUUGGGUUGGAGGAGGGGUACCUACAAUAUAGCCACAUUGACCUGAAUGAGUGGAGUAUGGUGAUUCAAGAAUAAAAACAAAAAACCUCAAGAUAGGUUGGUGAUGAAGUCUUAAAAGCAACAAAAAAAACCGACAAAAAAAAAAGAAAAAAAAAAAAAAAGGAAGAGCAGCAAUUUUGCACUGACUGGAUUGCCUCAUCCAUCUGGAUUUCAGAUGAUCAUCUGAGUGGCCAGAUGUCAAAGACCCAAGUGCUCUAGCAAACUUCUUAUGGGGAUAGAAAAUUAACUUCAAACCUCUUAAUUGUAAAAAUAACCCUCAAACUCUGCUGCCUUUUAUUUUCCUUAGCCAGGUGUGUCUUUGGACACUCGGUUGCUCAGAAGCGUCAGAUACAAUCCUGAGUAACCAAACAUUGAUUUUCAAAUAAACUUGUUUCUUAUCAGUCUGGUCUUGAGACAGAGACAAAGCUACUCUUUUUCUUCUGGAUUUCAGAAGCUUAUGUUUCACAGGUGCUUUCUUUGCCAGAUCCUGCCAUGAAGCAUGUAUUGUAUUGUGUUUUUUCCUAAAUGUUUCUGGAGCCCAACUUAACUGGCACAUUCAGUAAUGUGGUUGGUGUGUGCUGUGGUAUAAGUAAACAGCUUGCAUGCAUGCAUGCAAAACAAAAAUAGUCACAUUGGUGAUGCUUGCCUUUCUCUGUGUGACAGUGAUGUAGCUGUAUUUGUGAAAGCUUUGUCAUCUGAAUGUUUACACUGGUCACUGGAAGUUUCUGUGCUGCCUUACAUUUGACUUCCUGUUUGGAGUAGACCCUUACAUUUCAGAAAUAGAGUAUUUGGAGUUCUGUGAAUACUGAGAAAACAUUGAUUAAUUAGCAAAGGCUUUAGCAGGUUUUUUUAAAGUGUGAGGCCCAGCUAGAUGUGAACAAUUAUAGUUCCUCUGGUUAAACUGAUUUCUUGAAAUGAUAGAUUAAAAAAGUGUUUGAAUCCACAGACUCCCCCCCCCCCCCCC